UUGGCUUAGUUUGUUUACCAAAAAUUUAUUGUGUCGUGCUGUCAUCAUUGAGCAUUGAAAUCGGCUACUAAUUCCCACCGAUCCUACUUCCAUUUCAGUUAUCCAAUCGACUUUUAUCCGGAAGACGAGUAUCGAUCGCUGAGUUCGCACAGCAUACUUUCUGAUUGUCCAACGUCGACUCGAAAGUACCACCUGGCUCGAGUUUGGUCAACUUGGAUGUCCUAAAGUCGUCGUGGAAACAACUCGUAAAAACAUAAUUGGAAGAAGAUGAACGAUUGAAAGUGAAAAUCUGGAAAUUUGGCUGUGAAAUAUUAUUUUAAAAUAAGUACUUAGAGAAGUAAAAAAGUGCAAGGGUGUCUAUUGUAAUGAUGACACGACGCGCCAAUAAAAGUGCUCAAAAACGCUCAGAGUGCGUUCCUCGCGGUGUUGUCGGUACCAUAGGGGGAUAAGUGAGUUAUGAUUAAUUAGCGUCAGUAACAGCAGCACCGUUCAGCACGAGGCCUCGACUAAUUGGAGGCACAUCGCGCUACUUACUUAGAGCCUAAAGGAAAAACUGCGAGAACUAGAGUUGUGGCAGUAUGGGGGGCUGCGAAGUAUUUUGGUCUCAGCUGCGUGCAAUGCUGAUCAGAAAUCUUCUUCUAAAGAAACGGGAUAAACGGAAAACAAUGGCGGAGGUGUUCUUGCCUCUUUACAUCCUGGGAAUUUUGAUUGUGGUGAAGAUAUUAAUUCCUAAUCCAAACUAUCCUGCUAUGAUCACUCAAAAAGAGGAAGGGGAUAUUUUUGAGUAUUUUGAUGUGAACAAGUCCAUCGCAGUUGUUCCUAAUUCGAAUGAAACCCAAAUAUUUUUAAACUCAAUGAACAACCUUUGGAUGAAUUCGAUGGAAUACCGGAAACAUCCGUUAAGUUUUCUGAUGUUUGACACAAAAGAUGACCUACAGGCAGCUUAUUGGAGAGAUCCCGCAAGUGUCCCAUUAGCCGUUAUUUUUGAGGACCCGAAACCAGUUUCUCAAAAUUUGUUAUAUGAAAUAAGAAUCAAUCCAACGUAUACGUUGCCUCCGUCGCCCGCAGAGAAACAUUCCUCUCCCGUUACUUGUCGGAAAAAUUUCAGUCAUUGGAUGGGUGGUGUUUUGUCUAUAGAAACCGGCAGAAAUUGUCCAGCGAACAAUUAUUUUUCCUCAGGAUUUAUGGCCUUGCAAGUAAUCAUGGACAUAACAAAAAUUAGGUUAGAUACGAAGAAUAAUGAUGUAACAGUGCCUGAUAUCAAAUUAGAAAUGUUUCCAAAGGAAGCUUUCACUGCAGACUGGAUGCUAGCUUUCAGGGUGGUAAUUCCACUCUAUAUGGUAUUAGCUCUUUCUCAAUUUAUCACCUACCUCCUGAUUCUCAUCGUGGGCGAGAAGGAAAAUAAGAUCAAGGAGGGCAUGAAAAUCAUGGGAUUAAAAGAUACAGUAUUUUGGAUGUCCUGGUUCAUCAUCUACAGCAUAUUCGUCCUGCUACUCUCAGCAGUGGCUACAGUGCUUCUCUUUACACUCCAGAUGUUCCAGCACACACAUUUCCUUCCGAUAUUCCUGCUUGUCGUUCUUUAUAGCUUCUCAGUCAUCAUGUUUGCUUUUCUGAUUACACCCUUCUUCGACAAAUCUCGAACCGCAGGUGUUCUGGGAAACUUUGCUGUAACGAUACUCAGUCUUGUGUACUUUAUUCAAGUUUUCGUUGACGAUUCCAGCUCAAUAACUUACUGGCUCGUUUCCCUUCUGAGUCCUACAGGCGUCGCUUUAGCAAUGGACAAGGCACUUGUAUUAGAUCUUCAAGGUCAGGGUGUGAACUUUGAUAAUCUGUGGUCAGGGCCUGGAAUUCCAUUCGGUGGUAGCCUCAUUAUGAUGACUUUGGAUAUCUUCCUUUACGGAUUGCUAGCUUAUUAUCUAGACUCUGUUAUUCCAAGUGAAUAUGGUGUUAAAAGAUCCGCUUGGUUUUGUUUUACUCCCGGAUUCUGGUGCCGAAAGAAAGUUCAAAGGGUGCCUACAUCAAACGGGGAAUCGAAUUCCUUUAUCCCAGGUGAAGAGACAAAUCGAGAUGUAGAGCCAGUCGUGCGGGAGAUGAAGGGUCGAGAAGCAAUCAGGAUAGUCGAUUUGUAUAAAUCGUACCACAAAUGUCGCAGACCAGAAACCAAAGCUGUCAACGGAAUCAAUUUGACGAUUUACGAAGGCCAGAUUACUGCAAUUCUAGGACAUAAUGGAGCCGGAAAAACAACGUUGUUUAACAUCUUAACAGGAUUAACAGCCCCAACUGCUGGUACGGCAUUGAUUUUCGGGUACGAUGUUCGAGAUUCUAAUGACAUGCACAUGAUUAGAAGCAUGACAGGAGUCUGUCCUCAACAUGACAUCUUAUUCGACCUUCUAACUCCUAGAGAACAUCUUGAGUUUUUUGCAGCUGUUAGAGGAAUUCCGAGAUCUAUGAUUGAACCAGAGGUGAAGAAAACACUAAAGGAUAUCGACUUAAUCGAAAAAGCUGACACUUUCGCAAAAUACCUUAGUGGUGGACAGAAGAGAAAAUUAUCAGUUGGUAUUGCGAUUAUCGGUGAUCCUAAGAUCAUUAUUCUUGACGAACCGACUGCUGGAGUUGAUCCUUAUUCAAGAAGACAAAUGUGGUCUUUCCUACAAUCGAGGAGACACGGAAAAGUAAUUUUAUUAACCACACAUUUUAUGGAUGAGGCUGAUAUACUAGCUGAUAGAAAGGCAGUCAUUAGUAAGGGAAAACUGAGAUGUUGUGGUAGUUCGCUCUUCCUAAAAAACAAAUUUGGAAUAGGCUAUCACUUGACAUUGGUUCUUGAAGGAAAUGCAAGAGAACACGCGAUAACUCGUCUCGUAACGUCUCAUGUGUCCAAAGCUGAAAAGGCAAGACGCCAUGGUAGGGAGUUGAGUUUCAUCUUGCCACACAAUUCUGUCGAAAACUUCGCACCUCUCUUCUCAUCAAUAGAGCAAGAAAUCAAAACUCGAGCAGCACGAUUAGGUAUCAGCAGCUACGGCGUCUCCAUGACAACCUUAGAGGAAGUUUUCCUGCAUCUAGAAAAAGACGAAGAGACUGAGUGCACAAUGGACAACUUAUCAAAGAAGAUGGUCAGAAAUCGAGCUCUCAGUAGAUCGCUUUCUUUACAGUCUAAAAGUACCUCUUAUCAGAGUUUACAAAACGAAGGUGCUACAGUUCAAGCUGAUGGACAAGUCAAAGGAGUUGGUGAUAUGCCAGAUGCUGGGCAUAAUGAUAAACACCCCGCAGUACUUGGCCUGGGCCUGGACCCCAUUAAAAUCCGGCCUAACUGUCUCCAAAUUCUCUACGCAAUGUUACGACUGCGAGUUUUGAGAUUGUUAAGGAAUAUUCAGCUUCUCUAUUUUAUGAUCGUUGCUCCACUCGCUCUUGUUGCUCUAGGAUUAUAUCUGAACAGCAUUCAGACAGUUGAUGUGAAAAUACAAAGUCUGGUACUCAGCAAUGAUACAUACGAACAACAGACUAGAAUUCUCUUCACCAAUCAAACUAGUCGUGAUCUAUCGCCGUUACUGAACCUAAUCAAGAAGGAUGUAACCUACGUGGAAGAGUUCAAAGGAAAAUUUACUGAUUUGCUUCACGUAGCACCCCACAUGGCGAUUUUGAACGUGAAUCAAUUUGAGAAUGAGCGUAUGAAUUUUACGAUCUCAUACAAUGACACAAUGCAACAUUCCUUGCCAGUUCUUGUAAAUAUUAUUUCCAACGCAUAUUUAAGAAUGUUGAAGGGGACAGAGGAUACUGAACCUAUUCAAGUUAGAAGUCAUCCAUUUCAGCAGACAUCUCAGCCCCAGGAAUUCAACAUUGGCAUUGCGAGUUCAGCACUUUUGAUUGGUAUGGAUUUCGUUCUGGUGCCAAUAACUCUUGCUGUGGACAUGGUGUACGAUCGAGAGAUCAAAGCUAAGAAUCAACUUCGUGUCAAUGGCCUCUCCUUUACGAUGUACUUUUGCACUUACUUCAUUGUUCUUAUCGGUCUGAUGACUAUGAUUUGUCUCUGCAUCCUCGGAAUUAUUUUCCUUUUCGAUGUCCCAUCACUUCAAGAACCUCCAGCGCUUAUUACUCUUGGCGGUUUGCUCUUACUUUAUUGUCCAUCGUCAAUCCUUUUUUCUACUUGCCUAAGUUAUAUGUUUGAUAAAAUGGACUCAGCUCAAAGUAUCUUGCCCAAUAUUGCCACGUUCUUUGGACUUAUACCGUUCCUACUCGUAAUGAUUUUGGACAUGUUAGGAUUAGGUGGAACAGCAGCAUUUGUUCUUCACAUCGUUUUUUCUUUACUGAACACAAUGUAUGUUCCGUAUGCAGCAGUUUAUUAUGUGGAUAGAGUCCAUCUUAUGUGCUCCAUAAACGCUGCUUGUCAUCAUCUAACUAUGUCGGAUUAUUUAACGAGUGAGAUCAUAGUCAUGGGUUUAGGAGUAAUUUUACACUGUCCCAUCUGGUUUUUUGUUCUUCUUUUACUGGAUAUAAAAAAGAGCGGAGGAAAUGUCAGUGACUUUUUUAAAUACUUCCUUAGAAACGGUGGUUCGAUCGGUGAGGAAAUUAUGGAAAACACGGAUGUGGGUGAUCAUGAAGAUGUGGAUGUUAAGAAUGAAAGGCAGAAAGUAUUUAAUUUAAUCACGACGUCUACUGUGCAGGAACCACCAGUUGUUUUGGUUCAGAAAUUACGGAAGGAAUAUCGUCAACGUCAAGUUGGAAUUGGAACGUGCAAUUGUUGCACAAAGCGAGAAGAACAAACGGCCCCCUCGUGUAAAGUAGCUGUUAGAAAUUUAUCUUUGGCGGUUGAACCUGGAGAAGUAUUUGGUUUAUUGGGUCAUAACGGGGCUGGAAAAACAACAACCAUGAAAAUUAUCAUCGCCGAAGAAGCUGCAACUAGGGGUAGAGUGCAAAUCAGUGGUCUAAAUAUAAACUCUCACAUGAAUGAGGCUUUCCGAAAAAUGGGCUACUGUCCUCAACAUGAUGCCCAAUGGAAAAAUAUCACGGUCAGAGAGCAUUUAGAAUGUUACGCUGCGAUUCGCGGCGUACCCUGGGGCGAAAUUAAUAGGAUUGUAGAUCUCUAUCUGUCUGGUCUACAAAUCCACGAGCAUGCUGAAAAACAAACACAGGAAUGUUCUGGAGGGACGAGAAGAAAACUCAGUUUUGCGAUGGCAAUGGUAGGCUGUCCAAAAGUAGUUCUUAUGGACGAACCUAGCACUGGAAUGGAUCCACGUUCCAAGCGGUUCCUAUGGGACACAAUCCUCGCUAGUUUCCAGGGAGGAAGAGGAGCAAUCCUGACGACUCAUUCAAUGGAGGAAGCAGACGCACUUUGUUCCAGGGUGGGUAUCAUGGUGAAGGGCGAGCUGAGAUGUAUUGGUUCAACUCAGCAUCUCAAGAAUCUUUAUGGUGCUGGAUACACCCUCGAGAUGAAACUUUUGGGCGGAGAUUCCACUCCGACGACUCCGUCUGGUGAUAGAAUGACGGGUUUGAAGGAUUUCGUUGCGAGAUUGUUUCCCGAUGCUAAUUUAGAGGAGAGCUUCGCCGAUAGACUGGUCUUUUCUGUGCCCCAACAUGCGGUACACUCGCUGGCCGAAUGUUUUACGCAGUUGGAAAAAGCUAAGAUAGAUUUAAGCAUCGAGGAAUACAGCUUCAGCCAAACGACCUUGGAGCAAGUGUUCCUCAAGUUCUCUCACUAUGAUGAGGUGAACGAGGGAGAAUGAUGACGAAGACUUUCUAGUGGUUAAAUAGUGAUAAAGUGAUAAGUCCAUUCCAUGAAGCGAGUAAGAUUUAUUUUCGAAAAGUGCGUAAGUGUGAAGUUAAUGCACCCAAGUUUCACAAGCGAAUAAUCAUGAUUGGACUAAAAAUUGGGUGGUGAAAAAUCAAAUCAGAGACAAUAUUGAGUAAUUGGAUCUUAAUGUGAUUGAGCUUGGGUUUUAAACUGUGACUACUCGAAUGAUGCGAGAGUGGUCAACUGGUCAGGGACCAUUGAGGAAGUGUUCUGUCAAUACUUGAGUUAUUUCUAUAAAUCAUACUCAAAGAAUCGCCUUGAUCGCUUCUAACUAAAACUUUGAAUUUCCGAUUUGACUCCUUGGCACUCGAUUUAUGAAACAAAAGGACAGGAAAAUGAAUACACGCAGCCUCAUACCCAAAAAACCCGUGAAGAGAGAAUCAUAUUUUCUAAUUUUAUCAGAAGUAAAAUCAGGAAAUGUGAUUUUCAAGAGUAUUCUGAUGAAUGUAUUACUGUUACAUAGAGUGGUUAUGAAAAAUGUGACACAAAAAUAACAAAGUCAACGUCCGUUACGCCUUCACUGGAAAACCCUCUCUUCUUUAGGAAUUGAAACUACACCAUUUUUUUGCUUUUAACGAAAAUAAUGCAAAAUAAGCAGACAGCUAAUAAGAUAUUAAAUACAACGUUAGAUAGGAACGAAGAUUUUUCUCCUCCUCGAAUGCUGAUCAUUAAAUCUAAGUCACUUUUAAUCAGGGCCGAAUUAACCCUUUUGUAAGAACUAAGAAUUAAAAAUAGUUACAUACAUGAGUAUUUAACUAUUAUAGUAUUUGAGUUGGGUUUUCACAAAAAUGCGACACAAUCAUUUUAUCAUGCAACUUUAAUUUAUUUUUAUAAAGUCGGAGAAAUUUUUCCUCAGAGAUAAGGAAUUGCUUCUCCUAAGAAGCGAAACAUUGUACAGUUUCAGAAAUAUGAGAAUACUUUUUUUUAAACUGGAACCUUUGUAAAAGAUGCUCGUAUAAUAUACAUUUUUCAGUGAAAUUUUAAAACGGGAAUGCUCUCUAAAUAUGAAUCAGUGAAAAAUUCACUGAUUGAAAUAGUAGUUAAACAUUUCACUGAUUAAUCAGCGAUUUCGGACUUAUUCACUAAUCAGUUCAGUAACACCAGAGUAAACCAUGUGAAGCAUAACUUCUAAGUUUUUAAGUUAAGCGUUGUUGUUACUCUUUUACUUAAGUAGCAAGAAAAAUUCCUUAAUGGAAUAUAUUUUUUUAAUUUUCGUGCUGUAAACCUGCUGAAUUAACUGCGGGAUAAAUAUACUCUAACUCGUACAGGAAGCACUUACUUAACUGGUUUGUACAUGACAGUCCAAUCUUGAAAUUAAAGUAAUAUGUGAGGUUGUUUUUCAUGUAAAAGCAUCGGAACUUUUCACCUUUUUUUAACAUUUGAUCAUAUUUAUGGAUUUUAAGUUUUUACAAUGAUUCUUUAAUUAAAUGCACUAAAGUAUUAUUUUAUUAUCAUUUCUAAAUUGACAUGAUGUAGGGCUGCUAACCCUCAAAAGUGGUUAUUUCACUGAAUCAGUAAGGAACCUUUCACUGAUUAUCAGUGACCCAUUUCUAGCUGUUUGAAUCAGUGAGUGGAGAAUACAUGGUUGCGAUUGUUGUUUGGGCGCGUCUGAUUUCUGUUGCUUUCAGGACAGGCUCUAGAGAGACUAGAGCUUGCACAGGUCAGUCCGUUCUCACUUUGGGAGCUUCCACAAGAUGGCAAUCUGGCACAAUGUGAUAAUAAGGGGGUCAAAAAUUCGCCAAAAAACUGUGACAUCCUUUAUGGAAACUCCCUUAUUGAAUAAAAGAGUCUGGGAUUUAUCACUAACAUAGUAGAAUGUGCCCGACGAAAAGUCGCGGCAUGUACUGAGAGGAAAAAUACUCGUAUAUCAAUAUGAUUACUUCAUUUCACUUGUACAAAGUAGUUUCAAAGUAAGCAUACAUUUCUAGGGACUUUCUCAAUUUUGCUUAAUCUUAAGAGAACAUCGGAUCGUAGUCUAUAGGUUGUUAUCUCUACCUGACAAUUGCGAGUAGGGUGAUUGAAAAGAGAACAUUCUAAAUUAUUAACUAUUAAUAAUUCUCGUAUGGGAAGUUACUUUUAAUAGUAGCAGUAGAUGAAUUUAUUCCACCCUGCUAAAAAUAUCUUAAAAUAAAUUUUGAAACGUUAAAACUUGCAAAAAAGAAUUUUUUAUAUUCAGAUGUGGAUGCUGUUUUACGUGGAGAAAUUUAAACUUGGAAAGUGGGAAAACCUUCGGAUUUUAAUAUAUCGCCUGAUUUUAUUUCAAAGUAAUUGGAAACUUUUCAAACAAUCGUUUUCGAAAUUAUUUCAAGAACAAUUUAAUUUCCCAAUGUUUUACUUGUAAACGCCUGAAAUUUUUAACAGGGUAGAUUAAGUUUCGUUUGCGGCAAUGUAUCGAAUUUUUGAUUCGCUGGGAAUUUAAGUUUGAAUUUUAGUCCCUACCGAUGACUAAGACCCUGUAAAUAACGAUCGUCAUGAUUUCUUUGCGAAAAAGUCUUAAGUAUGUACGAAGAGAGAACGUAAGCAAGAGCAGAAUUAAAUCCUAAGUUAAAUUACUUGUAGAAAAAAAUGCUUGAUAGUGAUUCAAGCGAGGAAAUUAAGGAUUAAAUUGUGAUUUACUCUUUUAUGGAUAUAGCCCGUCGAUUUUAAAGACCUGCCGUGGUCUGAACCUUAGGGUCGAUAUGGGCUCAAACGCAAUUGCGAGAACUGAAUGAAACAUUUUAUAGAUGAAAAUAUAGGUAGUGAAAUUUGAAAACUUUGUCAUGAUGGGAUAACAUGUUUUUUUUUGUAAAUAUGAUAUUACACGAAUAAAAAACAAAUCAUACUGUAAUGAAAAUAAAAUGAUGAGGCGCAGGUGCAUAUGCCGGCAUUUAUAGGUACUCUGUGGCCUCUAGCGAUUAAAAAAUAAUAUACAAAUUUAGUCAAUUAUGAAUCAUCAUUCUGGGAAAAACUGCUGAGCCUUUUGCGAGUUUUAUUGAUAUAUGUUGAAAGAGUGUAGAUCAUUUUUUUUAAGAAGUUGAAUCGCAGUGCCAGCAGUGCAGUCCUUUUGUAUUUUUAAAUUGUUUUCUGUGAUUGCCGCAAAAAAUAUGCGUAAUUGCAAGGCGUGUUCUUAAUUUAUGAAAAAUCGUUUCGACUCGAAGGUGAAUAUCGAAUUUGGACAAAAUGUUGCCUCAGUUUCCUUCCUGUUUCCAAGUUGUUGUUUAUUGAACGCUUCGAUGCAAUUUGUGAGCAAAAUUGAAUUUUUGAAUUUAAAAUUAUUAUGUCAGUUAAUUAUCUUUAGAAUUCAUCUUUUUCUCGAACCAAAAUCAGAAAAGCAAAAACGAAUAUUUAUUAACGCAAAUUUUACUUUGUGUUAAAUUUUACAACAUAACAAAACGUAAAAAAACUGGUCAUGUAUAUAUAUGCGAUCAUUCGUAAUCUCUGAAAUAAAGAUUGCAUUUUCUUACAAUUUUUUUAUAAGUUUUUCAAGGUUCUUAAAAAAGACACUGUGCUUAUAUCACUGAUGUAUUUCUUCACUUUAUUAUAUAGUUACAAACAACGCGAUUCAUCUGCAAUGCUAUAAUAACGAUUCAAAUGGACGAAGUCAAGUAAAAAGGAACAGAGGAAACUGAAAUCGACACUAGUUGUUCUGUAAAAUGAAUGUAAUGAGGUGUUUGACAGAAGCUUUUUCACUAAUAAAAAUUAGUUAAACAUUA